AUGGACAGUUGUGUUCUUCCAACAAGACACGAGGGAAUCUUCAUUGUUCAAACCACGGAUUUUUUCUACCCUCUUGUAGAUGAUCCUUAUAUGCAAGGAAAGAUCGCCUGUGCCAACGUUCUAAGUGAUCUGUACGCCAUGGGAGUUACCAAUUGUGAUAACAUGCUUAUGCUUCUUGGCGUUAGUAAUCAGAUGACUCUAAAGGAACGCGAAGUCGUGACACCGCUUGUCAUCAAGGGAUUCAAUGACUUAGCUUUGGAAGCGGGCACUACAGUUAAUGGUGGACAAACUGUGCUCAAUCCUUGGUUUAUUGUUGGUGGAGUUGCUUCAGGUGUGGUGUCCAACAGCGAGUUUAUUAUGUGAGUUUAAUUUGCUUAAGCUAAUAAAAUAUUAACAGCUACUGCAUAAGUUACCUCAUAUAGCCAAAUUUUAACAGGGGGAGUUUACCCCCGGGGGGGGGGUACUCCCAUACAUUACCUAUACGGGUAUGUGCCGCCCAACGGGGUUGUGAUUUUGAAGCCCCCGAUUUAGAACGGGGUAUCCAUUUCAGAGACGUUUUCUAGAACGGGGUAUAAUAUUUCGAAUGCGCGAAAGCUCCAGUUUUGUAAGCGGCCAUUUGAAAUUAUUCAAGGACAGAUUGCUUUUCAAAAUACGGUUGAAUGCGUUAACAAGCAAACUGUUGUACUCUUGUUGCACCCUGGAACGGAGUAUAAAAAACUGACCCAUUUCUAGUACGGGGUAUCAGUUUUAGGGCGAAUUCUGGAACAGGGUUUAAAAAAUUGGCCCAUUUCUAGAACGGGCUAUCAAUUUUAGGUUUUUUUUUAAAACGGGGAGCCAAUUUGGAGUUCCAGGCGGCACAUACCCACCCAAAAAAUACCCAAGUGCCCCCCCCGGGAGUUUACCAUUCUCUUCCCUAAUAUAAUCAGAUGCAAACCACAUGAUUGUGAAAAAUAAAAAAAAAAACUGUCUUAAUAGACUUGUGGUCAUAAUGUUUUUAUUUUGUUAGGCCAGAGAAUGCAGUUGUUGGUGAUGUGUUGGUUCUUACUAAGCCUCUUGGAACACAGAUAGCUGUCAAUGCACAUCAGUGGCUUGAAGAUGUGAGUAUUUUACAAUACAAAUUUUUGCAUGCUAGUUUACAUUACCGUUCUGGACCCCCACCAGUGCCAUGAUUCCCCUGUUAAAAAAGCCAUUGUCAAUUUGCCAAUCAGGUUGAAGGGAAGUUCAUGUGGUAAUAAUUACCUGACAUGCGUAGAAUUAUUCUUGGAGUCUCUCUGUUGGAGGCCCAGAACAAGGAUAUUGGCACCACUUUGCAGACAUUAUGAACUGGAGUUAGAUUAUGUCUGUCUGUGAUGCAGGCUAGAAAGCCAUGACAUCAUUUUUUGUAGUUUGCUAUUUGCUCAAACAGCCUUCUUUCCAAUCAAAUAAAAAUAUCAUCAAUCAACCUUAUUUCCAAUCAAUUAAUGUUAUAUUGCUAGCAUCUUCCAAAUAUGGUAAGUCCCAGUUGGUUAUGAAGAAUUAGACAAGGGACACUUAUAUACAGAUACUAUGUAAUUCAGUGCUAGUGAUGUUAUCCCCCCAAAUUGAGAGGCUUUAGCAACAAAAAUAAUACACUUGAAACUGGAAGGUAUCAACAAACAGGGUUGAGCCCUUGCUAUCUUCUACUCUUAUCAUACUGUCGUCUACUGCUCCAUAAGUUUACUUUUUAACUCAAGUAUGGCUCUGUGCAACAACAAUAUUAAUAUCUCCAUGUUGUUUUUGGGGGUGAACAGCCAAAGUGGUGGGCACGUAUCAAGGAUGUAACAACAACUGAAGAGGUGGAAAAAGCUUACCAGAAUGCCAUGCAGUGUAUGGCUAGACUAAACCGCAAUGCUGCUGACUUGAUGCACAAAUAUGAUGCUCAUGGUGCAACAGAUGUGACUGGGUUUGGAAUUCUUGGUCAUGCAAGAAAUUUGGUAGCUAAUCAGAAGUCAGAAGUCUCGUUUGUUUUGCACACCCUUCCAAUUUUGGCAAAUAUGGUGAAGAUAUUCAAAGCUUGUGGAGUAAAUUUCAAGUUACUAGAAGGAUAUUCUGCUGAGACAUCAGGUGACAUAUUUAAUUGCUGUGUUGUAUAUCUAUUCUUAUUAUUAUAACAGUGUAUUUAACCCUCUCCAGUCAACUGAGUUCAGUUGGGUUGAAAGUGCCUAAAAAACUUUAAAAGCCAUUACCUUUCUAAAAUAUUAUUUUCAGGUGUAUCCAUAGCCUGCGCGCAGACAAAAUUAAACUCUGGUUAACUAAUCAGAGUUUAGUUAUCGUCUGCAUGCAGGCUAGUGUAUCCAUUGACCUGUGUGGCGUAGUCUUAGAGGUGCCAAAAAUGUCCGGUUGUAGGAUUUUAAAAUUUUUAAGCUGAAAUACUGUUUUCAUUCCAUGCUCAGAGAUUGUGGAAACAUAUAAGCCCUGAGAAUCCAUUUUUAAAUCCAAGAUUUACAGCUGAUUUAGCAGCCUUCUCCUACGUGUAUCACUGCUUUAGGACACAGAAUGCCAUGAACACUUAGGAAUAUACUGUGUUGUAACGAAAAUGCCAGUCUGGUGUGAGAUACAUGUAAUUUUAAAACAGCAAGCAGCAAUGGUAAUUAUUACUUUUUUAUUUUGUUGCUUGCUCAGAUAUUCUGAUCUGUGCUGUUAGUGGUCACACAAAUAAAAUAAUCAUUCCUAAAAUUGUUCAAGUGUUUACGGUUUUGUAAAAGAGGAAAAUAUACAUUUCUCUGGCUUAAGGCAGUUGAACAUUACACCAGCUGAGCUUACGAAAAAGGUAAGGUGGGUGUUUUACAGUCUCUAUUGUGGAAGAUAAAGUGAAUUCCAAAAUACUGGUAGGUAUUAGAACUUUAUUGGUUAGUUUUCAGUUUUUACAGAAUUUCCAUUCCAGUCCAUUUAUCCAUCAGUUUUCCUUGCAUUUCUUGUAGGUGGUCUUCUUGUUUGUCUGACACGAGACAAGGCUCAAAGCUUCUGUGAUGAGCUGCAAGCUGUUGAUGGACAUCCUGCCUGGAUUGUGGGUGAAGUAGUGUAUGGCAACAGAGAAGUCAGGAUAGAUGAAGAUCUGAAAGUCAUUGAAGUUUAA